UCUUUGCGCUUUCAAGCUGCUCGCGCAGCCUGUUGGAGACGUCGGCGCAGGAAUGGAGCGAAAGGUUUGUCCGCCUCGGCCUCCAAGACCGCCAAGUGGGCCCCGCACGUACCUCCCGCCGCCGGCGCGAAUGCACCGACACGGGUGCCAGCGCUAGUAACAGCAGCAGCGAGGGCAGCAGCAGCAGCAGCGGCGGCGAUACGGAGGACGGCGAUGAUGACCAGGAAGCAAGUCUGGACGCCCCGCUAGCCUCCAUACAAGGGACCUUGGCUGAGAUUUCCAUCUCACCCGCGACUCCGCCUCUGUCCUUGUCUGCAAGCAGGCAUGGAGGACGAACCGAC